AUGAAACUACGUGAGGCUAUGGCAGAAAUUGACCGUCUAAAGAUACAGCUCGGUGAACGCUUGGAUUCUACAUUCACAGAUGAUAGCGGCGCCAAACAGGCUUGCGACUCUAUUUCAUCCUUUUCCGACCCCUCGCUCGAGGUGCCCGAUAAAAACAGCGAGCACCAUCCCGUGUCCACCGAAUGUUGUGCCGAAGACACGCUGUUUUCAAGGGACCCCGGAAACUGCGAUAUAUUGAAUCGUAGUACGGAGGACGGGGGGCUAUGGGUCGUGGCAUGA